GGAGGCUGUGGUGAGAGACCGACCAAGACCGGAGAUGUUUUCAAGCCUGGCCCCGGCGGCGUCAGGGGCUGUUGCAGCGGCGACGGAGACACCGGCAGCGGCGGCCACCCGGAGGUCCUCGUUCAGGGGGUGAACCCUUCUGCGCCCGCCGAGCCUCGGACCCAGGAUGAGAAGACUGUUAAAGAAGCAGCUAGCUGAACAGCUAUAAAAUGCCCAAAUCUGGGUUCACAAAACCAGUUCAGAGUGAAAAUUCUGACAGUGACAGCAGUAUGGUGGAAAGACCAUAUGGAAGAAAGAGUAAAGACAAGAUUGCAUCUUACAGCAAAACUUCAAAAAUUGACCGAGGUGAUAUGGGCAAGGAAAUGAGAGAGAAACCAUCCAUGAAACGAAAGCUGCCUUUUACAGUCAGUCCAUCGAGAAAUGAGGAACGGGACUCAGACACAGAUUCAGACCCAGGACAUACAAGUGAAAAUUGGGGGGAGAGACUUAUAUCUUCUUACAGGACAUACUCAGAAAAAGAAGGCCCAGAAAAGAAGAAAACAAAAAAAGAAGCUGGAACUAAGAAGUCCACCCCAGUUAGCAUUCUUUUUGGUUACCCACUCUCUGAACGAAAGCAGAUGGCACUCCUAAUGCAGAUGACAGCAAGGGACAACAGCCCAGAUUCCACACCAAGUCAUCCAUCACAAGCCACGCCAGCCCAGAAGAAAACGCCCAGUUCUUCAUCUCGACAAAAAGAUAAAAUUAAUAAAAGAAAUGAGCGCGGUGAAACUCCUUUACACAUGGCAGCUAUUCGAGGAGAUGUGAAACAAGUCAAAGAGUUAAUUAGUUUAGGGGCAAAUGUGAAUGUGAAAGACUUUGCAGGUUGGACCCCUUUGCAUGAAGCUUGCAAUGUUGGGUAUUACGACGUUGCUAAAAUACUUAUAGCAGCUGGAGCAGAUGUUAACACACAAGGACUGGAUGAUGACACCCCGCUUCAUGACUCUGCCAGCAGUGGGCAUAGAGACAUAGUGAAAUUGUUGCUUCGUCAUGGUGGGAAUCCAUUCCAAGCUAAUAAACAUGGAGAACGGCCAGUGGACGUGGCAGAGACAGAGGAGUUGGAGUUGCUGCUGAAAAGAGAGGUGCCUUUGUCUGGAGAUGAUGAAAGUUACACAGAUUCAGAAGAGGCUCAGUCUGUAAAUCCUUCUAGUGUUGAUGAAAAUAUUGACUCGGAGACAGAGAAAGACUCUUUCAUCUGUGGAAGUAAAAUCCUCCCGAACAAAGCCGCGCUGCCUUCUGCACUGGAUGAGUAUGAGUUCAAAGAUGAUGACGAAGAAGAGAUAAGUAAGAUGAUUGACGACAGGCACAUUCUUAGGAAAGAACAGCGGAGAGAGAAUGAAUCUGAAGCAGAAAGGAGUGGUCUGUUUGCAAAACAGGAGAAAACCUUCUAUUCUAAGUCAUUUAAAACAAAAAAACAGAAGCCGUCAAGGGUUCUGUACUCUAGUACUGAGAGCUCUGAUGAGGAGGCUCUUCAGAACAGAAAGGGUUCUACUGCAUGUUCUGUUGCUGAAGCAUCACAUUCUGAUAUGCAAGCCAAAAAAGAAUAUGAAUACAAACAGAAAGGCAAAGUUAAAAGAAAAUUAAAAAAUCAGAAUAAAAACAAAGAGAACCAGGAGCUGAAACAAGAAAAAGAAGGGAAAGAAAAUAGCAGGCUAGCAAACUUGACAGUUAAUACUGGGCUGGAUUGCUCAGAAAAAUAUAGAGAGGAGGGGAACUUCAGGAAAUCUUUUAGCCCAAAGGAUGAUACUUCAUUACACUUAUUUCAUAUUUCCACUGGUAAAUCUCCUAAACAUUCCUGUGGAUUAAGUGAAAAACAGACACCACUGAAGCAAGAACACACGAAAGCAUGCAUAUCCCCAGGAAGCUCUGAAAUGUCCUCACAGCCUGAUCUCACUCGGUAUGAUACUGCAGAACCUGAAAGUUCAAAUGUAAAAUCUUACAAGCACAAGGAAAAAAACAAACAUCAGAAAGAUUUUCACAUAGAAUUUGGUGAAAAAUCAAAUGCCAAAAUUAAAGAUGAAGAUCAUAAUCCAGCAUUUGAAAACUCAGACUGUACACUGAAGAAGAUGGAUAAAGAGGGUAAAACAUUAAAAAAACAUAAGUUAAAACAUAAAGAGAAGGAUAAAGAAAAGCACAAAAAGGAAGUUGAAGGUGAAAAGGAAAAAUAUAAAAAUAAAGACAAUGCUAAAGAGCUACAGAGGAGCAUUGAAUUUGACAGAGAAUUUUGGAAGGAAAAUUUUUUUAAAAGUGAUGAAACUGAGGAUCUCUUUUUAACUAUGGAACAUGAGUCCCUAAUAGAAAAAAAGUCAAAAAUGGAAAAAACCAUGAAAGAUGAUAGGUCAGCUAAGGAAAAGCAUGUUUCAAAAGAGAAGAACUUUAAAGAAGAACGGGAAAAGGCUAAAAAGGAAAAUGAAAAAUCUCUAAGGGAAGAAAAGCUGAAAGAUCCGAAAGAAGAAAAGGACAGUGCCUCAGCAGAGAAGGAGGCCGAGUGCUGUUCGGUGGCUGUCAGUGCGGGCCAGGAAGCUGCAGGCCUGCAUUCGUCAGAAAAGGAAAUGGAUGCUGAGAAGCAAGAAAGGCACACAAAAGAGAGGGAAAAGUCUGAUCGGCGCUUUCAGACUAAGGAGAAAGAGCUUGACAGGAACGAGAGGAAAUUUUCUGAAAAAGAAAAGAAGAUAAAACAUGAACAUAAGUCAGAAAAAGAGAAGCUGGAUUUCAGUGAUGGCACUGACAGAGUGAGAGAGAAGGACAAGCUGUACUCACACCAGACAGAAAGGUGCCACAAGGACAGCGAGAAGCUGAAAAACACUGUCAGAAAGACUGACGACAGAGAGAGGAACAGAGAAAAGGCGGAUAGAAAGCACGACAGAGAGAAACCUGAGCGAGAGAGGUACUUAGCAGAAAGCAAAGAAAAGCACUUAGAGAAAAGAAAGCAGUCCGACAGCAAUGAGUAUUCCAAAUCAGAGAAGGUCAGAACUAAAGACAGAGACAGGGAAGGAGAGAAGAAGGAGAAACUUAGAGAUAAAGAAAGUGUAAAUGUAACUAACUUGAAACAUUUACAGGAAGAGAGAAAGUCGAGUACAGGAGACAGCAGUGGUAAAACCCAGCAUGAGAAAGCUCUGUCCCUUAAAGAAAGAGCAAGAGAUGAGCCUUUAAAAACUCCAGAUGGAAAAGAGAAAGAUAAAAAAGAUAUAGACAGAUACAAAGAGCGAGACAAGCGUAAAGAGAAAGCCCAACUAAAUACUUUAAUCAGACUAAAAUCUGAAACAGAGAAGCUUAAACCUAAAUUAUCACCAGCAUCAAAAGAUACUCGACCUAAAGAAAAGAGGUUAGUAAAUGAUGAUUUAAUGCAGACAAGUUUUGAACGAAUGCUUAGCCUUAAAGACCUAGAAAUAGAACAGUGGCACAGGAAACAUAAGGAAAAAAUUAAGCAAAAGGAAAAAGAACGAUUACGCAAUCGUACUUGUUUAGAACUUAAAGUAAAAGAUAAAGAAAAAACAAAACAUGCACCCACUGAAUCCAAAAAUAAAGAACUUACCAGGUCAAGAAGUUCAGAGUUGACUGAUGUUUAUAACAAGGAGAAACAAUCUAAAGAUGUUGGAAGUAAUCGAUCACAAUCUGUUGACAACAAAAAUGUAUUGAAUUUAGGAAAGCCAUCCUACAUUUUAGAGAGUAGUUCAAACCGGUCUCCCAGGUCAGAAGGUGAGAAGCUGGGUCUUAGCUCUAGGUCAGUGUCCAUGCUUUCUGUUGCUAGUUCAGAAGACUCCUGCCAUACAGUGACAACCCCAAGGCCUCUCGUUGAGUAUGACUCUGACUUUAUGUUAGAGGGCUCAGAAUCUCAGUUGUCAUUUUCUCAGUCACCUUUUUUGUCAAAUGCCAAAUCUCCAGCUCUUUAUGAAAGAGAGCUGGAGGGUCUCACUGAACUACCAGAACGACUUAAACCACCAUAUACAAACAGACUUCCAGUGUGCCAUCUCAGGUCAUCUUCUGUGGAAGAUGUUAAACUAAUUACUAAUGAAGUAAGACCUGCUGUAGAAAUUAGAAGAUGCAGUAUGCCCUCAGUUAUUUGUGAACCCAUAAAACAUUUCCAAGUAUCAGAAGAAAGCAGUCAAGGCAACUUAGCUGUUCCAAGAGAGAAUUGUCCGUCUCCCAAACCUGAAAUGUCUUCAGCAGUACCUGAAAGAGGCCUUUCACAUGUGUCUGACUUACAUCCUAACUCUACAGGCUCUCCAACGAGGUCUGCAAACAGCAGCUAUAUUUCAUCUGAUGUAAAUGUAAUCAAGAGUGCAACUCUUGUGGGUACACUGAUUGACAGUUCGAUGCAUUUGGAACCAUCUAAUCAGGUUGGAGUGAUUCCAAGUAAAUCAUGGGAGACGCCUGUUGAUAAACUGGAGUCUUUAAGCACCAAUGACUUCAUCUGUCCAGAUUCUAAUACAUCUGAUCAAGAUUCCUCUGCUCAGAGUUUCUAUAAUUCAGAAAACAAAAUGUUAAGAGAACAAAAUACUGAUUGCUUACCUCUGCACCAGCCUGAACUGCCAGGAAACUCAUGUGCUCAGGACCCAGCAUCCUUUCUGUCUUCACCUCAGCCCUGCUCUUUUUCCAACCAACCACUGGCAGGUGCUGACUCUGUUCCGAAACCCGUGUCUUUGUCAUAUGUUGCCAGUCAAGAGCUAGGUGUUUUACAGCAGAGAAGUGCAUCUCAGAUGGCCAGUUCUGUUUUAGAUAGUGAUAAUAACUUUACAGAGGAUGUGGAAAAUACAUUUGUCUUAGCAGACAUUCAGAAGACAAAUUCUUUUUUACCAACUUACUCUGAAAGCACUGUGCAAGAAGCACUCCCAAGCUUUGAGAAGGCCAAUACUUUGCUUGUGUUGCCAUCAGAAAAGGACUUCAAUGGGAGUGAUACUGCUCAGCCAAACACACAUUAUGCAUUUAGCAAACUCACAUACAAGUCUUCCAGUAGCCAGGAAAUUGAGAAGGGCCCAGAUGAUACUCAAAUCAUUUCACAUGAAAAAGAAAACAAACUACAAAGUUUGGUCUUAACUCAGUUGAGUAAAUGUGAUUCUGAUUUGUAUGAGAUAAAUGCAGGGAUGCCAAAAGCAAACCUGAAUGAACAGGAAAACCCAAAGCAUGGUCCCGACAGCGAAAAGUACUCGCUUUCCACUGAAGAUGAAGAAUCUCAGCAGAGCACCUUAUCAAGUGUGGAGAACCAUUCACAGCAGUCAGCCCAACCAGAGAUGCAUAAAUAUGACCAGCUUAGUAAAGUAGAAGUAGAAGAAAAUGCUGAAGAUGAUAAAACUGAAAACCAAACCCCUCAAAGAAUGACUAGAAACAAAGCAAGUACAGUGGUCAAUCCAAGCAAGCCGAUGCUUGCUGGCUGUACACUUGUAGCAGAGAAAGAUAACGAGUCCUCCCCUAGGGGACGAAUAAGACUCACUGAAGAGGAUGAUCCUCAGAUCCACCAUCCUCGGAAACGGAAAGUGUCACGGGUCCCUCAGCCUGUGCAAGUGAGCCCCUCUUUACUACAAGCAAAGGAGAAGACUCAGCGGUCUCUAGCAGCCAUUGUAGAUUCCCUGAAGUUAGAUGAGAUUGAGCCGUACAGUUCUGAGAGAGCAAAUCCAUAUUUUGAAUAUUUGCACAUACGAAAAAAAAUUGAAGAAAAACGCAAGUUGCUAUGUAGCGUUAUCCCUCAAGCUCCUCAGUAUUAUGAUGAAUACGUAACGUUUAAUGGAUCCUAUCUCCUGGACGGAAACCCCUUAAGCAAGAUUUGUAUUCCUACAAUCACCCCGCCACCUUCGCUGUCAGACCCACUUAAAGAGCUCUUUCGGCAACAGGAAGUAGUAAGGAUGAAACUGCGUUUGCAACAUAGUAUUGAAAGGGAAAAACUUAUUGUAUCCAAUGAACAAGAAGUUCUGCGAGUUCAUUACAGAGCUGCAAGAACACUGGCCAAUCAAACACUGCCAUUUAGUGCUUGUACUGUCUUACUGGAUGCAGAGGUAUACAAUGUGCCCUUGGACUCACAGUCUGAUGACAGCAAAACUUCUGUGAGAGAUCGAUUUAAUGCAAGACAAUUCAUGUCCUGGUUGCAAGAUGUGGACGAUAAAUUUGACAAGCUAAAGACCUGUCUCUUAAUGAGGCAGCAACACGAAGCUGCAGCUUUAAAUGCCGUCCAGAGACUAGAAUGGCAGCUCAAACUCCAGGAACUGGACCCUGCCACGUAUAAGUCUAUCAGUAUUUAUGAGAUCCAGGAGUUUUAUGUUCCCCUUGUUGAUGUUAAUGAUGAUUUUGAACUGACUCCUAUAUAGCAGUAAGUACUUGUGUUGGUAUCAUCUUAAACUAACCAUAUCUAGACAUCAUACUGUGGAAUACUGCCUUUUAAGAAAAUCCCUGAUACUACGCCUUUACAGUUGUUAGAGAAGUUAACUAAAGUUGGAUAUGUAGUGAACACUGUCAUUUUAUAAAAAUAAAGAAAAAUAUUUUGGAUCUUUGAUCCAAAUACAGUUUCUAACAGAAAACUAUUAUUUAUAUUGAUCAGAGGUAACUAUUGCAUUAGAACAAACUGAAUAGACCUUUAAAAAGUUGAAACUUUUAAAAGUUGAAACGCUGGAAGUUGUUAGCACUCCAAGUAGCAAGAUACAAGUACUCAGCUCUCUUGUGGGCUGUAUUAGAAAUACAUUAGAUUCAGUUCCUACCAAAUAGGCUCUGAUACAGAAGGAAACCUUCGCACAAAAUUCUUCAGUUUAUUUUAUCUGUAAAUUAAUUGUACAGUUUUCUUUUUUGAAAGUUUUAAUAUUGUCUUCCUUUUUAAUAACUUAUUUUAUACAUAUUGUAUAUCUUGUAAUUAAUGGUCAAAUGUAUACAAGGAACUGAUCAAAAUGUGUACAAAGAUAAUUGUAAAACUGUUUGUUCUGUUGGACCAAAGUUGUAGUUUUUGAAGUGUAAUAGCAGUGAGUUCCGAUAGUAAAGCUUUAAAUAAGGUAUGCAUGUGUUUGAGUUAGCUUGUGUCCAUCCCAUAACUGUAAAGAUGGUGGCUUGGUUGUAUUGCAUGCUUUCUAUAAUUUGGUUCUUUCCCUAACUGAUGCCUGAGACAGUGUGAGACUUCUUAUCCCAGUGUCCUGUGAGGGAGCCUGGGACUCUGUGCUGGACACCUUACUUAGAGGUAGUCAUAUGAAGAGGCUCUAGCUCUUUCCUCCUCUCACUGGAGAAAGCCUGUUUCCCCCCAAACAACAACAACAAAUGCCUUUGAAUGGAAAUUCUGAAAUUGUAAAUGUCUAUUUUAAUACUCAACUAUGAAAGAAUUUGUGAAUAUAUGUAAAUAUGUUUAAUAAAUUUUAUUGGUCAUGUUAAAUCAUUGUAAACUUUUUUACAUUGCUUAAAUUUAAUCUUUUAAGCUUAAUAACCUUUGCACUUCUAAAAUAAAAAGGAAUGCUGAAGUCAAGUGAGAUACUUGGUCGUCAGAAGAAGUAAAAGUCUAGGAAUAUUCCAGUCCCUGAAAUAGUCAUGACAUUUUUAUUAAUAUAUUGUCUUUUUUCCUUGUAUCAAAAUGCAAAACGUAUAAUUUGCAAAAUUUUAUAAUUGAAAUAAGAUUUGGUAUGCUUUUAUAGUAAAAUAAUGAGCAAUAUACUUAGAACAAUUUCUCCUAUGAUCUGAUAUAGAUUAGAUAUUCCGGAAAACUUAAGGUAUAAAACCUACUACUGAACUUGUGAAACAUUUGGAAUCGAAAAUUAGGUUAGUCUAAAAUCAUCAUAGGCAAAUAAGGUAAACAUUUAUGAAACCUGCCGCAAUAUUGAAUUGAAUUGUUAGAAUACUGGAUAAUUCCGGUUUUGAUAAGGAGCGGUGAAAACAAUUUAUGAAUAUAUGUUAAAUACUUUAAAUUCAGCUCACAAGUGGGAGAUUCCAGCUAGUAAAAGAAAAUAAUAGGUUUUUUUAGUGCAAAGGUACAUAUUAAGCUUAGGGAUUUUUGAAUUUUUACAUCAAUUUAUAUUUUUAUUCUUACUGUACUGGCAUGCGCAAUAAAGCAGCAGUGUGAAGAACACACAUGCAGGAUUUGAUAAAGGUCAGAUGUAGUUUUCCUUAGAUCGUUAGAUGAAAGAUUUUGGCCUUUCAUUGAAUGGGGCCAGAAAGGCAGGGUAGACUUUGAAGCACUGGUUUGUUUUUUUGUUUGUUUGUUUGUGUUUUUGAAGUUAUGUUUAUUAAGGCUGGGAACAUUAGAAGCUAAUUUAUAAAAGCAAUACUUUUUAAUACAAAAUCAACUUAAUGCAAAGUUUGUUUAUACUCUCGCCUAGAAAGAAAAUUUGAUGAGCUCGUGUGGCAGAUUACAAAAAUUAAAAAAGAUUAAAUGUUCAAGCGAGCAAGAGAAAAGGAAAUCUGUAGAGAAUUUGGUUCUGAUGGUCCCGCCAGGGAACAGUCGAGGAAGUAGUCCUGACUGAUCAGAGCAAACUGUUGACAAAGGAAAAAGGAAAGGAAAGGAAAGGAAAAAGCCGCCGCACGUAAGCAGGGAGCCGCAGGUGCCGCCCUCAGCCCAGCUUUCCCACCACAGUGCUCACCCUCUUCCGCAGUGGCUCAGCCAGCUGCAGCCUCUGCCUGGACUCUGUACUUCGCAUUUCCUCUGCACGCCAUCGGGAUAGCUAAGUUACUGCACUUCAUAGGAGAUGUGUGAGUUACACACAGUUAAGGACUCUUGACCUUAGAGAUUUUGUGAAGGUCUGAAAUAGUAGAGGAGAAUACUUGGAAUGGAGUAUUUACCGAAAAGGUUUCAAUUCUCAAAAGAAAAAUGAGGAUGCCUAAUUUAAUCAGUGAUUCUUUUUAAACUAUUCCAACAUCAUGAACAAGAUAUUAAAUUGUACCUAAGGAUUUGUAUUUCUUUAAGUCUUGUUCUAAAUCAUAUCUGUUUAAUAAAUGACUAGUUAAUAUUUGUGCAUGUUAUUUAAUAAAGAGUUAUAUUUUUAUAGAAAA